AUGUCUCUUUCCUUGAUUUCUGGUUCGAAUUCGAUUAUACACUGCCCUAAUCUUCAUCUCCGUCGUCAAUCUCCGUCGUUUUCGAGAAUCUCAUCGUCGCUGCCACUUUCUCUCACUUCCCGUAGUAAGCAGUCUUUUCUCCACCAGUUCCCUCGGAAUCCACGCCCGAUCAAAGUCGGCGCCAUGGAGACGACGGCGGAGACCAUUUCCGGCAGUGUUCCCAACGCUGCGAUGAAGCUAUUGUUCGUCGAGAUGGGUGUGGGCUACGAUCAGCACGGGCAAGACGUGACAUCUGCGGCGAUGCGGGCUUGUAAGAAUGCAAUUUCUUCGAAUUCGAUUCCUGCUUUUAGGAGAGGUUCGAUUCCUGGGGUUUCAUUUGGAGAAAUGAAGUUACAGAUUAAGCUUGGAGUGCCUCGUUCUCUUCACCAGCAACUGGAUCUUGACAAGGUCAAGUCUAUCUUCCCAUAUGGGGAGAUUCUUAAUGUGGAGGUGGUGGAUGGAGGACUGAUUUGCUCAAGCGGUGUUCUAGUUGAAGAAAUGGGUGAUACAAACGAAGAUUGCUACAUAGUGAACGUCGCUGUUUACAUCGGCUACUAG